AUGGCAAUUUUAGGCUACCUAAUGUAUGGACAGGACGUGAAGUCUCAAGUGACAUUAAAUCUCCCCAUCGGAAAGAUUAGCUCAAAGAUUGCAAUCUACACCACAUUGAUCAACCCCCUCGCUAAAUAUGCAUUGAUAAUUACUCCGGUCACUGAGGCAAUUGAAGACCGGUUCCAUAUCCCCAACAACAGGACCAUUAUCCUCAUCAGAACUCUAUUGGUGAUAAGCACUGUUAUUGUGGCCUUGACAAUUCUGCUCUUCGGGUAUCUUAUGGCACUUAUUGGGUCCUUUUUAAGCAGCAUGGUUAAGAUCGUAUUUCCAUCUAUAUGUUACCUUAAGAUUUGCAAGGCUUCUUGCAUGGUUCCUCCAAGUCGUCAGCUUGAGUUUGUGAUUAUCGUGGGGAUUUUAGUAAUUGGGGUUUCAGUUACAAUCAUAUGUACUUAUAAUUCUCUAAGACAAAUUGUACAACAUUCUGGCUGUUAA